UCUCUCUCUAGAAUAUUUCUUGGUCCAAACAAACAAUAGAGCUGACCUUUUUGUUCAUCUCCAAAUCAUUUCAACUCAAAGUAGACGUUGAUCACCAACAUGUUCCGUGUAGCAAUUUCUUUGAUCCUCUUUGCGUUGUGCUCGUUCACAUCUGCAAGAUCUUUCGUCACCACAAGACCUGGACCGGUUGAAUCCUUUCUCCUUAAACCAAAGCUAGAGGGUGCGAAAGUAUGUUCUUACACAGUGAUCAUUAAGACAAGCUGUUCCUCGGUGUCUUACACUAGAGAUAAGAUCAGUAUUGCCUUUGGUGAUGUGUACGGCAACGAGGUAUACGUGAAGAGACUAGACGAUCCAAAGUCAAGGGCAUUUGAAAGGUGUUCAUCAGACACAUACAAGAUAAACGGACCGUGUAUGCGUGACGUAUGUUAUCUCCACCUACUCAGGCAAGGAUCCGACGGCUGGAAACCAGAGAAUGUCAAAGUGUACGGCUCAUCCAUCAGAUCAGUCACUUUCUACUAUAACCUCUUCUUGCCAAAUGAUGUUUGGUACGGCUUUAACGUCUGCAAAGGCCAUGCCAAUGACAAGCCUUCUCAGCCCAUCAUUGCCUCUGUUGCUGCUAUGUAAUGUAAACUAAGAUUAAUAAAUACAAAAAAAAAAACAAACAGUUGAUUAUCUGUGGAUUUGCUAUUUUUGUGGCGGAAACAUAAGAGAAGCAAUGUGUGUUUUGAGUGUAUUUGUGAGGAAAAAAAACAUGUGAUGUCAAUUAUAUUAAUGCCUUGAUUUGAUUGAUCUCUUGCAAGUUGCGGCUAAGCAAGUGGCCAAGUACUUUUUUUUACAUGAACUAAAUAAAAAUAGCAUGCAUUGGAAGAAAAA